AUUAGAAAAAAAAACGGGAAAACAGAAGGAGAAUAACACAACGAGACGUUAGGGUUCCGUUUGUCUCGAUUCUCCUUCUGAGCUUCGUCUUCCUCACUGAUUGUGGUCGCGCGGAAACUGCUCGAAUUUGUGGGUGAUUCUGGGAAAUUUGUUUGAUUUUUCGUCUAGAUUUUUGGGUUAUCGGUUGAACAGUAGAUGGGGGAAGAGAAAUCUAAGACAAGGAAGGAGGAUUUUGAUGAUGCGGAGGAGGAAGAUUUGAAGAAGGGUCACCGGGAUCAGGAUCGAGUUAAAGAGCGAAAGAGGGAGAGGGAUUCGGAGAGGCGUCGGGAUAGAGACAGGGACAGGGACAAGAGACGGUCUGAGAGAGAGAAGAGUAGUGAUUCUGAAGAUAGGCAUGAUAGAGAGGAGGAUGAAGGGAGGGAUAAGCGUAGAGAGAAGGCAAAGGAACGGAGGCAUCGGGAUGGGGAGAGGCAUCGGGAGAGAGAGAGGGACAAGAGACGGUCUGAGAGAGAGAAGAGUAGUGAUUCCGAAGAUGGGUACGACAGAGAGGAGGGUGAAGAGAGGGAUAAGCGUAGAGAGAAGGAAAAGGAACGGAGGCAUCGGGAGAGAGAGAAGGACAAGAGACGGUCUGAGAGAGAGAAGAGUAGUGAUUCUGAAGACGAUGAUGGAGAGAGGGAAAAAAGCAGAGAAGGAGAGAAGGAGCGUAGGCAUCGGGAACAUGAGAGAGAUAGUAAAAGAGAUAGAGAACGGGAUAGGGAUAGAGACCGGGAAGAAAAAAGGGAGAGAGCAAAGGAGAAAGAAAGAGAAAGGGAGAAGGACAGAGAGAAGAGAGAACGGGAUCGGGAGGAGCGGGAGAGAGAGAAAGAAAGGGAAAGGCGGGAAUGUGAGAGGGAAGAUAGGGAGAAGGAUAAGAAAGAUCGUGAGAGAGAAAGGGAUAGGAGGAGUCGGGACAAGGAGAGGAAACGAGAGGAUAAUAGUGAACAGAGUGAUGAUGAUAUCCGGCAUCGUGACAGAAAGCGCAGAAGAAGAGAUGGUGAAGAACGAAAGGACAAAGAGCGUGAGAAGAGUGUUGGUAGAUCGAGCAGGCAUAGAGAUGGCAGUGAAGAUAGUCCUAAGCGGAAGAAUGUUGAGGAUGAUACUGAAAAGAAAGAAGAGAAAACAAGAGAAGAAGAAUUGGAGGAUGAGCAGAAGAAAUUGGAUGAGGAGAUGGAAAAACGGAGGAGAAGAGUACAAGAGUGGCAAGAGUUGAGGAGGAAAACGGAGGAAUCUGAGAGAGAAAAGCAAGGUGACGGGAAUGAUAAUGCCCCCCAGGCCGGUAAGGCAUGGACUCUUGAAGGAGAAUCUGAUGAUGAAGAAGCUCCUACAGAGGAAAAACCCGAAACAGAAAUGGACAUUGAUGGAGACACCAAAGAAGAUGUCUCAAAUGGAGAUAAACAGUGA